AUGGCCACGAAGGCAGACGGUAGGCCCGGGGGGCUCCCCAGCGGUGGCUGUGACCUGGGCAUAGCCCAAGAGCACAUGCAAGCGGUCACCCGAAACUACAUCACCCACCCCCGUGUCACCUACAGGACAGUGUGCAGCGUCAAUGGGCCCUUGGUGGUGCUGGACCAGGUCAAGUUUGCCCAGUACGCUGAGAUUGUCAACUUCACCCUCCCUGAUGGGACUCAGAGAAGCGGGCAGGUGCUUGAGGUGUCAGGGACCAAGGCAAUUGUUCAGGUGUUUGAAGGAACCUCUGGGAUCGAUGCCCAGAAGACCACCUGCGAAUUCACAGGGGACAUCCUACGGACUCCAGUGUCAGAGGACAUGCUAGGUCGGGUUUUCAAUGGCUCCGGUAAGCCCAUUGACAAGGGGCCAGUGGUCAUGGCAGAGGACUUCCUGGACAUCAAUGGCCAGCCCAUCAACCCCCAUGACCGCAUCUACCCUGAAGAGAUGAUUCAGACGGGCAUCUCUCCCAUCGAUGUCAUGAAUAGCAUUGCCCGUGGUCAGAAGAUCCCUAUCUUCUCAGCAGCCGGGCUCCCCCACAAUGAGAUUGCUGCCCAGAUCUGCCGCCAGGCUGGGCUGGUGAAGAAGUCCAAGGCUGUGCUGGAUUAUCAUGAUGACAACUUUGCCAUUGUCUUUGCAGCCAUGGGGGUGAACAUGGAGACAGCCAGGUUCUUCAAGUCCGACUUCGAGCAGAACGGUACCAUGGGGAACGUCUGCCUCUUCCUGAACUUGGCCAACGACCCCACGAUCGAGCGGAUCAUCACCCCACGCCUGGCACUGACCACUGCUGAAUUUCUCGCCUACCAGUGUGAGAAGCACGUGCUGGUCAUACUGACCGACAUGAGUUCCUACGCAGAGGCCUUGCGGGAGGUCUCCGCUGCCAGAGAGGAGGUGCCCGGGCGCCGAGGUUUCCCAGGAUACAUGUACACAGACCUGGCCACCAUCUAUGAGCGGGCAGGCCGUGUGGAGGGCCGGGGAGGAUCCAUCACUCAGAUCCCCAUCCUCACCAUGCCCAAUGAUGAUAUCACCCACCCAAUCCCAGACCUGACGGGUUUCAUCACAGAGGGACAGAUCUACGUGGAUAGACAGCUUCAUAACAGACAGAUCUAUCCCCCCAUCAAUGUGCUCCCUUCCCUGUCGAGGCUAAUGAAGUCCGCCAUUGGGGAGGGCAUGACGAGAAAGGACCAUGGAGAUGUCUCCAACCAACUGUAUGCUUGCUAUGCCAUCGGGAAGGAUGUGCAGGCCAUGAAGGCGGUGGUGGGGGAGGAGGCGCUCACUUCCGAGGACCUGCUCUACCUGGAAUUCCUGCAGAAGUUCGAGAAGAACUUCAUCAACCAGGGUCCCUACGAGAACCGCUCCGUGUUUGAGUCCUUGGACCUGGGCUGGAAGCUGUUGCGCAUCUUCCCCAAGGAGAUGCUGAAGCGCAUCCCUCAGAGCGUGUUGGAUGAGUUCUACUCCCGCGAGGGGGCGCCGCAGGACCCCGCGUCAGACACAGCGCUCUAG